GUAGAGCUACACAAGGUUUCGGCUUGAACUUUUAAGUUGAAAGAACAUGGAACUUACGAGCGUGGAAUUAUGUUAACAUCCAGAAUACCUUACAUUGUAAGAGUGCCAGUUAACUAGAGCUACGUAUACCUGAUAAGCAGAUGUUGUAAUCAUGUCAAGAAUGGUACCCCCUGCUCUCAACCAGGAUCCUGUUGCACAGAUUAAUGCAUAUAGAUCUUUUGUAUCAAUGCUUGUGGAUCCUGUUGCCAAGGAUGAAAAUAAAUUGAAAGCUGCUCAAGAACUAAGUGAAGACUUAGAGACAAUUGUGGCAUCACCUCAAUAUCCUUCAUUUCUUGAACAUGCUAUGCGUAUCUUCUUAAGGAUCUUACAAGAAGGAGAACCACAGUUCCUGGCUGAGCAUAACCUUCAGCAACUUCGAAAACUAAUCUUGGAAAUAAUUCAUCGUAUUCCUGCCAAUGAAAACUUGAAACCUUAUGUGAAACAAAUUUUAAGUCUGAUGUUUCAUUUGUUAGAGAUUGAAAAUGAGGAGAAUGUAUUGGUAUGCUUGAGGAUAAUUUUGGAGUUGCAUAAACAUUUCCGACCACAAUUCAACCCAGAGAUUCAGCAGUUUUUUCAGUUUGUCAAAAAUAUCUACAAAGAUCUACCCAACCACUUGAACAAGAUAUUUGAGCCAAAGCAGCAACAACGAGAGAAAGACUUGUCUGAUGUAAACAUUGAAAGGCUACUUUCAGAAACAUUUACUACUACUAAUAUACAGACAGAGAAGAAGAAUCCAGAUGGUAGCAUAGUGUCUUACAACAUAAUUCCCAAAGCUGUGUUGUCCUUGAAAGUUUUGGCAGAGUUACCAAUCAUUGUUGUUCUUAUGUAUCAGCUUUACAAGCAGAAUGUUCAUCAGGAGGUAGCAGAAUUCAUUCCAUUAAUUAUGGUAACAAUUACAUUGCAACCACCACCUGACCUCAGGAAUAGUAUGGCUCUGAAAGAAGUAAUAGUAGAUUUUAUGGCAGCACAGAUCAAAACCCUGUCAUUUCUUGCUUAUAUUGUGAAGAUUUAUCAGGAUAUUGUGAAUGCUCAUGCUGGAGAAUUAGCACAAGGUCUACUUGGGUUAUUGACUAUAUGUCCCCAUGAAGUAGCACAUCUUAGGAAAGAACUUCUGAUUGCUGCACGGCACAUUUUAGCUACAGAACUUCGAAACAAAUUUGUCAGCUGCAUAGAAAAGUUAUUUGACGAAAAUACAUUGAUUGGAACUGGGUGGACAGCUCAUGAAUCAUUAAGGUCUCUAGCAUAUAGUACUUUAGCAGAUCUUGUCCAUCAUGUACGACAGCAUUUACCAAUGAAAGAAUUGGCCAUUGCUGUAAAUGUGUUCUCUAAAAAUGUCCAUGAUGAUUCCCUAACAACAAGUAUCCAGACUAUGUCCUGCAAGCUACUUCUGAACUUAGUAGAAUGCAUCUGUAAAAAGUCUGAAAAUGGAAAUGGUCGUGAUCUUCUGAUGAGAAUGUUGGAAGUAUUUGUUCUGAAAUUUAAAACUAUUGCUAAACAACAGCUUCCGGUUUUAAUACAAAAAUGCCAUAAACAGCCACAACAACAAACUUCAACAUCUUCAAUGGCUCCUGUAACUCCAGUAACCCCUGGUGCAACCCAUGUUCCUUUAUCUGGUGCAUCUGCAACAUCUAGUGUUAUUUCAGGUGUGCAGAUGGAUAUUAAGCAAGAAGGAAAAGAAGAUACUCGAUGUCCACCUGUACAACUAUCAAGCCUUUCUGAUAAUAAAGAAGAAAAGCCAAAGUUUGGGUUUUCUGCAUCACAAACAAGUAACCUUUCUGUAGCUGACUGCAGGAGUUUGGUAAAAACACUAGUAUGUGGAGUUAAGACUAUCACCUGGGGAAUCAGUACUUGUAAGAUAUCAGGAGAAUCAUCAGGAGCCCAAAACAAACAGUUUCAGCCAAAGGAAACGAUGGUGUUUAUACGUUUAGUGAAACAUGCUCUUGUAGCUCUGGAUAUAUAUACUCUAGCCUCAUCUACACCUGGACAAACUCAUCAAACAUCUACGUCAAUGCAGAGUGUUAGAUCUAAAGAGGAAAAGGAAGUUUUAGAACAUUUUGCUGGUGUUUUUACAAUGAUGAAUUCCUUGACUUUUAAGGAGGUCUUUUCUACAACAAUUGAUUAUGUUGUUGAACGAAUCUACAAGAAUUAUGCUUUGCAGAUUGUGGCCAACUCUUUUCUUGCUAAUGUUCAAACUUCUCCAAUAUUUGCUACUAUUCUGGUUGAGUAUUUACUUGAAAGAAUGGAUCAAAUGGGCUCCAAUAUGGAAAGGUCCAAUCUCUAUUUACGGCUCUUCAAGCUUGUCUUUGGCUCUGUCUCACUCUUUCCUGCUGCAAAUGAACAGAUGCUUAAGCCUCAUCUGCAUGAAAUUGUCAACAAGUCAAUGGAACUAGCUCUAAGUGCUAAAGAGCCCUACAAUUACUUUCUAUUGUUGCGAGCAUUAUUUCGCUCAAUAGGGGGUGGAAGUCAUGAUUUGCUUUAUCAAGAAUUUCUACCACUUUUGCCAAACUUGCUUCAGGGACUCAAUAGUUUACAAAGUGGGCUGCAUAAACAACACAUGAAAGAUCUGUUUGUGGAGCUUUGCUUAACAGUUCCAGUCAGGCUAAGUUCUCUUUUACCUUAUUUGCCUAUGCUUAUGGAUCCCUUGGUUUCUGCUCUAAAUGGCUCUCAGACUCUUGUCAGUCAGGGACUUCGUACAUUGGAAUUAUGUGUGGAUAAUCUUCAGCCAGACUUUCUUUAUGAUCAUAUCCAGCCUGUUAGAGCUGAACUCAUGCAAGCUUUGUGGCGCACUCUUCGUAACCCUGCAGAUAAUGUAGCACAAGUGGCUUUCCGGGUUUUAGGGAAGUUUGGAGGGGGAAAUCGAAAGAUGAUGGUAGAACCUCAGAAACUGGAAUACAAUGAUCGAGAGAGUGUUGGUCCAUGUCUUACAGUUUAUUUCCAGGAGCACAAAGUACCUAUUGCUCUUCCCGUUGAAAAAAUUAUAGAAACAGCUUUCAAUGCCCUCAAGUCAAGUAGUACAGAACCAUACUAUAGGAAGCAAUGUUGGGAAGUCAUCAAAGGAUUUCUAGUGGCCAACAUUCAACAGGAUGAUGAUAGGCAGAAAAUGCAACAGCUGUUUUCUCAUCCAAGUUUUGGAAGUAGUGAAAUUCUUACCAUUCAGGGGCCUUUCUACAAAUGUCCAGAUACAGAAACCAGAAAAGUUCAUGAGAUAGCACUUACUGCUAUGUUUGUGGCUGCUGCCAUUAAAGAAUUGAGAUCUGUUGUUCUACCAUUCAUGGUGUCAUUAGUUCGACAUUAUACGUUGGUUGCAAUUAGUCAGCAGUGUAGUCCAUUUGAUGUUACUGGUCGUCAGAAUAAACUUCAGGGUAUGGAUCCUCUUGUACUUAUUGAUGCUUUAGCAGCAAUUAUGGGGCAUGAAGAGAAGGAACUGUGCAAGCCAGGUCAGCUGGCCCUUGUAAUAAUUCUGGAUACAGCUACUACCAUUUUGACAUCAAAAGAACGGGCAUGUCAGUUACCAUUUUUGGACUACCUCGUGGAAAGAAUGUGUUCAUUGUGCUAUGACAGGGCAUGGUAUGCUAAGUUGGGAGGCUGCAUUGCUAUUAAGUUCCUGUUUGAGAAAAUGAUGUUAAAAUGGGUCUUUGCACACCAGUACCUCUUCCUGAAGGCACUACUCUUUGUAAUGAUGGAUUUAACAGGAGAAGUAUCCAGUGGAGCAGUAGAUAUGGCAAAAUCCAAUCUUGAAAAGAUGUUAAUUCUUUGUGGAAGCCAGAUUAUUUCUGAUGAAAUGAACGAUAACUUAGUUGAAGCCCAGAAAAAAUCUCUGCAUGAUGUUACCCAGGAGUUGGUGCGACAAGUGACCUCACCCAACACUUUUGUUCGAGAACAAGCAAUGCAUUCACUGGAAGUCUUAGCUCAAGUAUCCAGUAAGAAUGUUACAGAAAUUAUGGAACCCCACAAAGAGGUGUUAGCUGAUAUUAUUCCUCCCAAAAAGCAUCUACUGCGGCACCAACCAGCUAAUGCUCAGAUUGGCCUUAUGGAUGGCAAUACAUUUUGUACUACUCUCCAGCCAAGGCUUUUUACUAUAGAUCUCAGUAUUCCAGAGCACAAGAUUUUUUUUACGGAACUACUAAAUCUUUGUGAAGCAGAUGACACUCUGCUUUUAAAAUUGCCCUGCUACAAAUCUAUCACUAAUUUAGUGCCACUUCGUAAAUCAGCAUUGAAAGCUUUGGCUGCAUGUCAUUAUAUUACUCAAUGUCGAGAGAAAAUAUUUGAUGUUCUGUACAAAGCUCUUAAUUCCACAAACUAUGAACUUCGGGAGGCUGCUUUUCAGUGUACCAGAAAGUUUAUUGGAGGAUUUAGUAUUGAUAUGGAAAAGGUGCAUACAGCUAUUCGUCCUCUGUUGAAGAUGCUUGGUGAUUACCGGUCUGUGAAUCUAAGUGUUAUCCAACGACUUAGUUAUCUCACUCAGCUGUUUCCUAAUACUUUUAAUGAAAAGCUCUGUGAGCAGCUUCUUCCACAUUUUCGUAAGUGGUUGGAUGUGGUUGUCAGUGCAGCUAGGUCAGGACAAAGGGAUAGAUCUAACAAUGAAAUCAAACUCUGUGUGGCCAUAGCAAAUAUUUUUCAUCAGAUCCCAGCAGCAAGCAGUAAGUUUAUUGAACCUUUACUAACACUAGUCUUGAAAACUGAAAAGGUUCUACUUUUGGAAGCAGGAAGUCCACUUCGUAAACCUCUUCUCAGCUUCCUACUUCGCUACCCUUUACUCACUACUGAUUUAUUGCUGAAUGAAACUUACUUGCAGGAAGAGCAAGUGCGACGAUUUUUAGAGUAUCUUCUGAAAGGGAAGGAAGGAAAACCAUUCCGUGAUGUCCUACAGCAAAAUCCAUCUAAAUUAGUUAAUAUGUUACACAGUAUUUUCCAAAAUAAUGUGCAAUCAGGAAUAAUGUCUUCACCAGCAAUGUCUAGUAUCCCUUCUCCAAGCAAUACAUCACCUCUAAUCUCUCAGUCUUCUGCCAAACAGGAUAUUCAGUAUCAGAUUAUACUUGUGGUGAGCCUUUUGGUAAAACAUGAUGAACAGUGGCUUUCUGGACAACACCAGUUGGUAGCAUGCAUUAGAAAUGUUUGGGUAUCUGAAGAAUUCCAAAAGCGACACAUGAAGGGAGACACUGUUGAUUUUACUCAAUGGAAAGAACCAAAGCUGGUAGUUAAAUGUUUAUUAAAUUUUGUGAAACAUCACCCCAAUGAAAUUGAACUCUUGUUUCAGUUACUUAGGGCAUUCAUUGGGCGCUUCAUUCCAGAUUUUGAGUUUUUGAGAGACUUCCUAGAAAAUACUGUUGCCUGUAAUUACACAGUGGAGUGGAAGAGAAAAGCUUUCUUUAAAUUUGUGGAAGUUUUUCAUGAUUCCACUUUUCCUCAGGAGCUAAAAGCCAAAGUAUUGCAGUAUGUUAUAAUUCCAUCAUUUGCAAUAGCUUUUGAACGAGGAGAGGGAGAAAAGUUAAUUGGUGGCCCACCAGCACCAGAUCAGGAUCUUCCUGAUAAUAUCAUUAGUGUAUUCAUUAACAAAAUUAUUGAUCCAGAAAACCCAUUUGGAACAUCUGAUGCUGUGAGAAUUCUGUUGCUACAGUUUUCCUGUUUGUUAGUAGAGCAGGCUUCUCCACAUAUUCAUGAUGCUGCUAACAAACGACAAGGGAAUAAAUUACGAAGGCUAAUGACAUUUGCUUGGCCUUGUCUUCUGGUUAAAAACUGUGUUGAUCCUGCCACUAAGUACCAUGGCCAUCUACUUCUAGCUCAUAUCAUAGCCAAGUUUGCCAUUCAUAAAAGAAUUGUGUUGCAGGUUUUUCACAGUCUUUUGAAGGCACAUGCAGUAGAAGCUCGAACAGUUGUGAAACAAGCUUUGGAGAUCCUUACCCCUGCUAUGCCUGCUCGUAUGGAAGAUGGCAACACCAUGCUGACUCAUUGGACAAAGAAAAUUAUUGUAGAAGAAGGACAUACCUUAGCUCAGCUAGUACACAUGCUUCAACUACUAGUUCGGCAUUAUAAGGUUUAUUAUCCAGUCCGUCACCAUCUGAUCCAGCACAUGAUGAGUUCCGUACAGAGGCUUGGCUUCACAGCAAAUGCUGCAAUUGAUCAUAAGAAGUUAGCUGUUGAGCUUGCAGAAGUUGUAAUUCAGUGGGAGUUACAAAGACACAAGGAGGAGCAGGAUCAGUCACCUUCAGAGAUUGUUGGAGAUACAAGUCUUCCCAUUGGCAGUGGAGUUGGACUUAAACGAUCCCUUUCUGUAGAAAGUGGUCAGGACCCUAAAAGGCCUCGUAAUCCAUCAGGAGCAAGUACAAAAUCAGGAGCUGACAGUAAUAAACCAAUUGACAAGGUGCAUGCUGAUGCUGUGGUCAAUUUUUUACUCAGAAUGGCUUGUCAGGUCAAUGAGACAUCAACCACUGUAGGUUCUCCUGGUGAAAUGCUGUCACGGAAAUGUGUUGCACUUUUAAAAACAGCUUUGAAACCUGAUGUUUGGCCUAAUGCAGAACUUAAGUUGGCAUGGUUUGAUAAACUCCUUAUGACAGUCGGAAAUGAUCAGCCUAAUUAUGGUAACAUAUGUACUGGGCUAGAACUAUUAGCCUUUCUGGUUACCAUACUUCGUAAAGACACCAUUCUGGCUAGUUUCAGGCCCUUGCAACGAGGAAUUGCUGCAUGUAUGUCUUGUACAAACUCAAAGGUCAUUCGAUCAGUACACAACCUAUUAUCUAGGUUAAUGAGCAUUUUUCCUACUGAACCCACAACAUCCAACAUAGCUUCAAAGUAUGAAGAACUUGAAUGCUUGUAUGCUUCUGUUAGCAAAGUAGUCUAUGAAGGACUAAGUACAUAUGAAAAGGCAUCCAAUGCUUCACCAUCAAGUUUGUUUGGAACCCUGAUGAUACUGAAAGCUGCUUGUGUGAACAAUCCAUGCUAUAUUGAUAGACUGAUUACUUCCUUUAUGAGAGUCUUACAGAAGAUGGCUAGGGAGCACCUUAACCCUAACAGCAAUGAAGCAACACCAAUGGGCACAGAGCUUCUAAUCCUGAGCUUAGAUUUGGUGAAGAACAGAGUGGGAGUCAUGGGGCAGGAAAUGAGGAAAGCUUUCAUUGGAACCAUUCUUGUGGGACUAAUUGAAAAAUCUCCUGAAGUGAAGGUUCUGAAAGCUAUCACAAAGAUGGUAGAAGAUUGGGUGAAGAGCAAAACCCCAAUAGCUGUUAACCAGUCUCCUACUCCACGUGAAAAGUCCAUUCUUUUGGUAAAAAUGAUGCAGUUUAUUGAGAAGAGGUUUCCUGAUGACCUAGAACUAAAUGCUCAGUUUCUAGAGUUAGUGAACUAUGUUUACAGAGAUGAAAAUCUGAAAGGCUCAGAACUAACAUCUAAAUUAGAACCAGCUUUCAUGGCAGGACUCAGGUGUGUCCAGCCCCACAUCAGAGCAAAAUUCUUUGAAGUAUUUGAUGAAAGCAUGAGAAAAAGGCUUCAUGAGCGGCUGCUGUACAUCACAUGUUCACAAAAUUGGGAAACUGUAGGGCAACACUUCUGGAUCAAACAGUGCCUAGAACUUGUGUUAGUAACAGCAGUAAGUGGAACAAGCAUCCAAAGUGUCUCCAGCUUUUCCUUGAUUCCUUCUGCCACAUCUGUUAUUGCCCAAGCAGAUUCACAGGAACGAGCCAACUUUGCUAUGCUUGCUUUAGUCAAAGAAGAGCCCAUGGAUGUGGAAUCUGUUGAGAAUAAAGAUGAGGAAAUUGAUAUUGAAUUAUCUACUGAUGAAGGGCAAGUUAAAACAACAGGUACUAUGACAAUGAGUGGCCAAUCUCGUCAAAGCUUGGCUGAUCCUCGGCAGAACCUACAAGUGUGGAUUUCCCGUCAAGCUAAGUUCUUGGAAAGCUUAAGAGAUGUGAAGACAAUAAACUUUUUGAAAGCUACAAUCCAGUUAUGCCACAUGGAGACCAGCUUGGCUCAGUAUCUCUGGAUUCAGCUCUUUCCACGACUUUGGAAAAUUCUUAGUGAGAGGCAGCAGUCUGUUUUAGCUAGUGAGAUGCUACCUUUCUUAUGUAGUGGAAGUCAUGUUAUUCAAAAAGACUGUCAUCCUAGUGCUAUAGGAACAUUUAUGGAAGCCUUAUCUCAUUGUGUACCUUCAGUUCCAAUCAGACCUUGUUUGUUGAAGUACCUUGGCAAGUCUCACAAUCUAUGGCAUAGAACAUGUCUGAUGCUAGAACAGAUGGCUUUUGAGAAGGGGAUGGGAGCACAGAUAAAAUCUCGUGCUCAAGCUGCUGCUGAUCUUUAUGAGUUUGAGCCAGUAACAUCUCCUCAACAGGAAACAUUAGAUGCUUUGGUUGACAUGUAUUCUAUGUUGAAGGAAGAAGACUUAUGGGCGGGGCUGUGGCAGAAGAGAGCCAAAUAUUCAGAAACCAACAUGGCUAUAGCAUAUGAGCAGCAAGGAUACUAUGAUCAGUCUCAAGGAGCAUAUGAACUGGCUAUGAGCAAAGCAAGACAAGAGCACAAUACUGCCCCAGCUUCACCAGCUUUACAGAGUGAAUAUAGAAUGUGGGAAGAACAUUGGAUCAAAUGCUCUAAAGAACUGAACCAAUGGGACUUACUUUUGGACUAUGGAAAUACAAAAGGCUGUAGUAAUCCUUAUCUUGUGUUAGAAAGUGCAUGGAGGGUUCCCAACUGGACUUUAAUGAAAGAGGCACUAUCACAGGUGGAAAGUAGCUGUCCAAAAGAAUUGAGUUGGAGAGUCAAUUUGUAUAAAGGAUUUGUAGCCAUCUGUCAUCCAGAAGAUCAUUAUUUGAGUCUAGUUGAUCGUUUGGUAGAGUAUUGUACAAAUCUUUGUAUCAGAGAAUGGCGUCGAUUACCACACAUUGUUUCUCAUAUCCAUCUGCCUAUGUUACAGGCUGCCCAACAGAUAAUGGAGCUGCAGGAAGCCAAACAAAUUCACCAGGGCCUUCUUCCUACUAAUCUAGGCCAGGCAAACAGUCUUCAUGAUAUGAAAGCCAUUGUGAAAACAUGGCGUAAUCGUCUUCCUGUGCUUAGUGAUGAUCUCUCUCAUUGGAGUGACAUCUUCACAUGGCGACAGCACCACUAUCAGGCUAUUAUAGAUCAUUAUGAUGGCACUCCAGGUAACCAAGCUGACCAACAAAGUCCCCAAGCAAUGCUUGGAGUACAUGCUUCAGCCCAGUCAAUCAUUCACUAUGGUAGGAUUGCCCGAAAACAUGGUCUUACUGGAGUAUGUUUGGAUUCUCUGAGUAGGAUUCAUACCAUUCCAAGUGUGCCUAUUGUAGACUGUUUUCAAAAGAUCAGACAACAAGUAAAAAGUUACAUCCAAAUGUCUAGUGUUAUGGGUAAAAAUGAGCUUCAGGAGGGUCUUGAAGUGAUAGAAUCUACCAAUCUCAAGUACUUUUCAAAGGAUAUGACAGCAGAGUUUUAUGCCUUAAAGGGCAUGUUUUUGGCUCAGAUUGGAAAAUCAGAAGAUGCUAAUAAAGCCUUCAGUGCUGCUGUUCAAAUGCAUGAUACACUGGUGAAGGCCUGGGCCUUGUGGGGAGACUACUUAGAACAACUAUUCACUCGAGACCGUUGGGACAACCGUCAAAUCAGUCUUGGAGUUUCAGCUUUGACCUGCUACCUUCAUGCUUGCCGACACCAAAAUGAAAGUAAAUCUCGCAAAUACCUGGCAAAGGUGAUCUGGCUUUUAACAUAUGAUGAUGAUAAGUCAUCCUUAGCCAAAGCUGUGGAUAAAUAUUGUAUUGGAGUUCCACCCAUUCAGUGGUUACCAUGGAUACCACAACUGCUGACUUGUCUUGUUCGGAGCGAGGGGCAACAAAUCUUGAAUUUGCUAAGUCAAGUUGGCAAAGUUUUUCCUCAAGCCGUUUACUUUCCUAUUCGUACCUUAUACCUAACACUGAAGAUAGAACAGAGAGAAAGAUUUAAAAGUGAUGUUACUGGAACCUCAGAAAUCAAAAGCAAUGGAACCACUACUACUCAAACAACAGCCAUUACAUCAAGCCCAGCCCUGUCUACAUCUGGAGUUGAUAGUGGUAGCUCAGCUCCAUCUCCAUGUGGUGGAGGAAGCACAGAAUCUCAACAAACCCAGCUACCCCAACAGCAACAACAAUCUGGAGAAUCAGGGCCAAUACGGGCAACUCCUUCAAUGUGGAGGUGUAGUCGAAUAAUGCAUAUGCAGCGAGAACUCCACCCUACAGUCUUGUCCUCAUUGGAAGGAAUUGUGGACCAGAUGGUUUGGUUCCGAGAAAAUUGGUACGAAGAGGUUCUUCGCCAGCUUCGUCAGGGCUUAGCUAAGUGUUACGCUGUUGCUUUUGAGAAUAGAGGAGCUGUCUCUGAAGCUACUGUUACACCACAUACUUUGAAUUUUGUGAGGAAAUUGGUGUCAACAUUUGGUGUUGGUAUUGAAAAUGUGUCUAGUGUAUCAACCACUUUCUUCAGCGCUGCUUCUGAAUCCCUAGCACGGCGAGCACAGGCUACAGCCCAAGAUCCAGUAUUUCAGAAAAUGAAGGGACAAUUUACAACAGAUUUUGAUUUCAAUGCCCCUGGAGCUAUGAAACUUCACAAUCUGAUCAUGAAACUGAAGAAGUGGAUCAAGAUUUUAGAAGCCAAGACCAAGCUUCUUCCAAAGUCCUUCUUGAUAGAAGAGAAAUGUCGAUUUUUGAGUAACUUCUCUCAGCAGACAGCAGAUGUGGAGAUGCCAGGAGAAUUUUUGCUUCCCAAGCAUAACCAUUACUAUGUAAGGAUAGCCCGUUUCAUGCCCAAAGUGGAAAUAGUCCAAAAACACCACACUGCAGCUCGUCGUCUCUACAUCAGGGGUCACAAUGGCAAGGUGUAUCCAUACCUAGUAGUGAAUGAUUCUUGUCUUAGUGAUGCACGUCGGGAAGAAAGAGUCCUACAGCUUUUGCGCAUGCUAAACCACUACCUUGGAAAACAGAAGGAAACUGCAAGACGUUUCUUGAAUUUCACUGUCCCUAGGGUAGUAGCUGUUAGUCCUCAGAUGAGAUUAGUGGAGGAUAAUCCUGCCUCUGUCUCUCUUUUGGAUAUCUACAAACAGCGAUGCAUGAAACGAGGUAUUGAGCAUGAUAACCCAGUCUCUCGUUACUAUGAGAGACUAGCUACUGUCCAAGCUCGUGGGUCUCAGGCUAGCCACCAGGUUCUAAGAGAUAUUUUAAAGGAUGUACAGGGUGUAAUGGUACCCCGUAGCAUGCUCAAAGAAUGGGUCACUCAAACUUUCCCAGGUGCUACAGACUAUUGGACUUUUCGACGACAGUUCACACUGCAACUUUCUCUAGCUGGAUUUGCCGAGUUUGUCUUACACCUGACUCGUCUGAAUCCUGACAUGAUGUACAUUCACCAGGACAGUGGACUUAUCAAUAUUUCAUAUUUUAGAUUUGAUGUUGAUGACAUCUCAGGUGAACUUGAUGCCAACCGCCCUGUUCCAUUUAGACUCACACCCAACAUAUCAGAGUUGAUCACUACCAUAGGGGUUAAUGGCCCAAUGACAGCUUCCAUGAUAGCUACUGCUAGAUGUCUUGUCCAGCCAAAUUUCAAGGUCCAAGCACUGCUUCGAGCUAUUCUCAGAGAUGAAAUGAUCUCUUGGCAUAAAAAGAGGCAAGAUGACAGUCAGACUCAAGGGUCUUCGCCUCCGGAUAUGGAAGGAGAACUGUUGAUUGCCAUGGUAACAAAGGCUGUGAAUGCAAUCAUGGCUAGACUACAAAGUUUGGCUACUUUUGAAGGAUGUGAAAGUAAAGUCAGCACUCUAGUUGCAGCUGCUAACAGCCAUGAUAAUCUCUGUAGGAUGGAUCCAGCUUGGCAUCCUUGGUUAUGAGGAAACAAAAACAACCAUUUUAUUAUCAUACAUGCAAGGUAGAAUGGAUUCUGUCAUCUAGUACACCAUGUGUACAUAUUUUGUUGUUACUAGAAACUGAACCUGCUAUAUUGAUAUUAAUUUUGAUGCUAUCCCAGUUCAGUUGUCUAGUGUAAAGAUUCACCACAUUUGUUUUACUUGUAUGUUUUGGUCUGAAUAAAAAUCUUUUUAACUAGA